GCGUACCGCGUCCGGAGGAAAAAUGGUGAGCUUGAACAUGCCCUCUCCGCCAACUUGAGUUUGGUCCUCUUGCUUCUUCUUCAGUAUGGCCUCACGGAUUCUUCUGGCGGACCCAGCUGCAGAUCUACAACGGUAAACGUCCAACAACUGCAGGCUCGGCACAUCCGCCAGCCCAAUUGGAAUCUCCCCAAGCUCCUCACAGUUCUUCAGCUCGAGCCGUUUGAGCCUCGGGAAGUGAUGUCCCGAGACCUUCCACACGACCAGAUCUGUCGGCCCAAUAAACAGCACUUCCAGGCGGCGGAAUCCCCCGUCAGCCGCCUCCCAAUGCUUUCCCUUGAAAGCCCCAUCCUUCAGCUUCAGCACCUCGAGGCUGUCGAGCAAGCCCAAGGUGGACAUUUGGCUCCAUUCGAGAAAUGUUUCAGAGAGAGUCAGGCUCCGGAGUUUCGGCGGGAACUUGUAAUGCUGAGGAAGGACCCGCAGCUGGCCCUCGGAAGCCGGGCUAGGGAACACGUCAUUCACAAGCUUCAGCUUCUCGAGGCAUGCCAUCUUCGCAAGGCUGCGGCCACGAAUGCCGAGACUCUUGAGGUUGCGGGCCCGGUUGAGGAUCUCCUCCGUGCAGCUCUGCGGCGAGAUGAAACCAAGGGUCUGGAGCUUCUCGCCUUCUUUGCCCGCUGCCUUGGGUGCAGGCAGGGAUGCGGAUGCGUUCGUUUUGAUGUGCCUAAGUUGGGUCAUUUUCCAGAUAUCAACUUUGAUGUCGAGCGUACGGGAUGGGGUGUCGACCACCAGGGUUUGCAGGUUCCAGAAUUUGGCGAAGUAGGAGGGAAGGGUGGGCGAGGUGGAGGACAGCGUGAUGUACCUCAGGUGAAACAGCUGAUACAGCUCGGAAGGGAUCUUGACCCGGAGGAGCUUGAAGGCCGAGGGGAUGUUGGAGAGACUCGAUGCCGGGAGGUUGAUCUCCUCUUUCGAGAAACAGGCGAAAGAGCGGAUACGCUUAGAGGAGACAAACUCCACAACAUCGGAGUGGAUGCAGAGCCGACGAUAUUUCUCCAGAUCACAGACACGAGGGUAGAAGCACCCCUCGCUCGACUUUUUAAUCUCCUGGAGGAAAUUUUCUCCCUCAUUCCCGGCCUCACUCUUGCAGAACUCACGGAGCUUGUUGUGGAUGAGGCACGUCUUCACCUUGCCAUUGAGCUUCCUCUUUUCGACCCUAAU